AUGAAUAAUUUGAACUCUGUAAAGUACAAUAAGGAAAAUUUGGUAGAGCGAAAGCCAAAUUUUCCAAGCUUGAAAGCCUGAAAAGGAAACAAAAAGACAUUUGAACGGGAAAAUUUGGAUUUUGUGAAAGAUAUUCCAGAGAAUUUGAGGCCUAAGAGAGAGGUGGAAGAGAUAAGAAAGAGAAAUGUGGAUUAUAGAAGGAGGAAUAAGGCAUUUGGGACAAAGAAUAUGAGUUUUUGAGGGCAAGAAAGCCAAAAGUUGACAAAAUACAGCUUUGGAUGAGCUAAAUUCUCGGUGCCUAGUAGUUUCCAGAAAAAUUCAAAAUUUUCUAAAACGAAGUUAAUUUCAAAGAAAUAGUGUCAAUUCUUCGGUGAAAAUGAGAGAAUUCAUGACUAAUCAUAAAUUUCAGUUGGAGAAAUCAAGAGAAAAAACAGGAAAGCUGUUGAAUAAAAAGGAAUUAUCAACCAAUACUAUUACAAUCAUGCAUGAUAAAGAGAAAAGCUUCAAAGAAUCUACCAUCGAUCAUAACCUAAAUUACUCCGAUUCAAAUUCAGGGAAUUUUGAGCGAAUUUACAAGACAUAUCGCAAUAACUUGGACAUCACUAACCAGAAAUGCUCUCAGAAAUAUCUAAAAUCCAAUUGAAAAAUACAGAAGAUAUUAUCAGGUUAUUUGAAUUCUUCAAAAUCACAAAACAUUAGUUGAAGUACUUCUCAAGCAUCUUUGAGCCAAAACCUAAGGUCAUUUCACUCACGUAAUAAUGACUCAUGAAGGGCACAUCUACGUCCGAAAUCUAGCUUUGUCGGACAUCCCAAACUGUGGCAACCUAAUCUGCCACAAAGAAUAGGCCAGGGAUCAGGAAGUGUUGACGAAAGUGAUUUGAGAGAUACUCACCAUAAAAAGCUCAACGCAGCCAGUAUCAAUCUUGAUAGACAGGAUAUACAUGACAUGUAUGGAAUUAGAGCUCGAAGCUGAAUAGAUCAAAGAAACGAAGAUUCUCGUACUGAUGAGCUUCUAAGGAAAUUAUCUCCCCAGCAGAGACAAGAGAUAUUCAGGAUCAGAGAAGAAGGAAAGCACCGAUGCAAACAAAUUUUACACCAAAUUGGAGAAAUUUAAAUCCAAAACUAGCGAGAAAGCACUAGAGACUAGUUCAAGGAGAAGUCAAAGCCAGAGCGAAGAGUAUAUGAAAUCAAUAGCUGGGAAUUACCAAGAGAUCCUUAAAAGUCUCAGCAAUAAUGAAGUUUCAGCGAAGUUAGAAGGUUAUGAAGCUCGAAUGAAGACAUUUCAGACAGAAAUCCAGAAUAUUCAGGCUGAUAUAUCUCAACAAAGUUUACUCCUAAACAAAAAAAUGAGUCAAAAUUAUGCUUUGAAUUCUUCAAGCCAAAAAUGGCCUACCAGUGUUAAUGAAUCGGAUGUGGUGUAUCGGAAGAGGGUUUUGGAUAAUUCAGAAAAUUUUAAUGCAAAAGAGUCCAUAAUCAUUCAGAAUAGCUCUUUAAGUAAAUAUAACAGCUGAGGUACACUGGAACCAAGAUUUUCAGAAGAGAAAAUGAAUAAUGGAAAGACAAAACUUCAUCGCAAGAAUGCAUCUAGAAGUAGUAUAUGUGCUAUCAGUACUUUAAAAGAUGUUCAACCUUCUCCAGUACGGCAAGAAGAUUUUAUAAAUAAUUCAGGAAAGAAGGUGCAAACUGAUUUGAGGUCUUCUUACAUUUCAAAUAAAAGCAACCCUUACAGUAAAAAGCUGGUAGAUCAAAGUCAAGUUUUAUGAGAUGAGGAAAUAAAGAUCUAUGAAAUGGAAAUAGAACUUCUCGUAAAGAAACUCAAAUAUUACCAAACACAACUUCAACACCUAGGAGAUGAAGUUACUUCUGAUUGGGAACUUAUGAUCCAAACAAUUCAGAGGCAACUUGAAGAGAAAGAGAAUGAACUAAUCCAAAAGAAGAACAUAAAGCAUACUUCUCAAGCUCAACAUCACCCAAAAACCUGCUUUAAUUACCAAUUUAACUCCUCUCAAAGACUAAGUAUCACUAAAACGACUAAAAACAGACCUAACCACCAACCCAUCAACCUCCACAUCCUCCCCAAAGCCCACACCCCCCAUCUUUCUCCCCUAAACGAAUCAGCCACAAGCCUCACUUCAAUCCCAAACGAGCACACACCCCACCCCCAAGCCCACGUUCAACUAUCAACCCUUCUCACCACCCACCAAAUCCAUUCAAAGCCAACUGUAAAUUUCAGAGGAAGUCCCGUUCAAGAUCCUCCUACUUCCUCCCAAGAAGGGGGCUCUCCCAGCCAAAGUUUGUACGUAGAGAGGAAGAAGAGGUACGAGGGGCUUAAGGAAAGCAAGCGGUUUUAUGAAAAGAACUGAUUUAAUAGGGAUAAGUAGAGAUCGAGGGUCAA